AUGACAUACCCAGUAAGCACAGCCACUUCCGCCGACAUGUCCUAUUCUAAAGAUACCCCGCUGGUGGCCCUAUCCAAGCCUCCAUGCUUCUAUCAACACAAUCCAUCUUCCGUCGAUUCAUUCUCGUCAACGUUAAGUGACGAUGACUGCUCAGACCUCGUCACUGUGCCUAACGAAUCGCCGCAUGCAUUUUCGUAUAACCCCAUAUCCCCAAACUCGCUGGGAGUAAGGCUGACUAUAUUAAGAAGGUCUCUGGAGAUAAUGGUGAGCAGUCCCGACAUUUUACACGAGUUGAAGAAGAAGUCUCCUAUAAUAGCAUACCCCACCUCCCUCAGGCAUACACGAAACCUAACCGAGACCGCCAAGCUACCGGCAUCUCGAGAACCAUCUAAAUGGCACUCUGUUGUCUCACCAGUGUCCAAUACUCAAUCUCCUGCUAAGAGACCCAUGGUGCACAGAACCACUUCAUUGAUGGUACUACCGGAUAAUGAUGCCACGGGCAAACUUAAUCCGGCUAAAUCCGAAUUAGAAAAUCUGCUGUUCCUAUUAAAUCUAGCAUUAGAAAACAAUUCAUUCGAAAGAGCUUCCGAUUUACACAUGUUGUCGUUGUUAAACAUCAAGAAAUUAAAUUUCGAUUCAAAUAUUCAAAAAUCAGAGACUUUAAAAAAGGCUUUAUUGAAUAGUUUGGCUGAACCAUUUUUCGAAAACUAUAAGAGAUUACCUCGAAAAGGUUCUGGUGCAAAUUCGCAAUAUAGCCAACACGAGGAGAGACACGAGGAUAUAGUCUCCUUAGCAGACAUUAAACCACAACAGGACUAUAGCCGAAUACUUCAUCCUUUCACAUCUGCGAAGAAUUCUGGCCCCGAGGCCAUUUUCACAUGUUCUCAAAAAUACCCUUGGAACUUCAGAGCUGUCAACGAUUUGGCGUGUUUAACGUUCGGUAUAUCGAAAAAUGUCAUCAAGGCGCUUACUUUACUAGACCUUAUUCAUACGGAUAGUAGGAAGUUUGUUCUAGAAAAAAUCAUGAAUGCUGAAGAUGAUAACCAGGAAAUUGUAUUUACCGGCGAAACUAUACCUAUUGUGCAGCCAAACUCGGCAAGUGAUAACAACUCACCAAAUUUGAUUUGGGCUUCGUUAUGGGCCAAGAGGAAAAAUGGUCUAUUAGUCUGCGUAUUUGAAAAGACACCUUGCGACUACAUCGAUGUCAUGUUGAACCUGACGAAUUAUUCAGUGGAGAGUAUUAUUGAUACAGCGAAUUUCUUGGAAAAUUUUAGCAAAAAGCAGCGACAAGAGCCAACUUCACCGAUGACGACAAAGAAAACGGUGAAAUUUGCUAAUGAAAUUCAUGAAAUCAGAUCAAUAAGUCACUCACUAAGUAAUCUGAUUGAUCAAGUACGUUUAGGAAAAGUAUUUUCUGCAGACGAUGACCUGCUACCUUUACCUAUCAGGGUAGCAAACCACGUCAAUAAAGAAAGAUAUUUUACAUUGAAUUAUUUAUCUGAAAACAUACCAUGCGCGGUCACAACUUCUAUCUUAGAAAACGAAAUCAAAUUGAAAAUUCAUAGUCUACCGUAUCAGGCCGGUUUAUUUGUUGUUGAUAGCCAUACUUUAAAUCUUUUGAGUUUCAAUAAAUCUGUUGCGAAGAAUAUGUUUGGCCUACGACUUCAUGAACUGGUCGGUAGACCCAUUACUAAACUAGUACCUUCUUUCGCAAAUAUGAUAUCCUACCUUAAUAAAGCUUAUCCUCUGUUAAAUAUUACUUUAGCAGAGAAUAAAGGGUUAGUUUUAACAGAACAUUUUUUCAGAAAAGUUGAAGCUGAAAUGCACCACGAUGAUGACUCGUUUUAUACCUCUAUUGGUUUAGAUGGCUGCCAUAAAGACGGAAACCUGAUAAAAGUAGAUAUUCAGUUACGCGUAUUGAAUACAAAUGUUAUGUUACUCUGGAUAACACAUUCGAGAGACGUAGUCAUCGAGAACUACACUACCGUUCCUUCACAGCUGCCGAUGUUGAAAGAAAAUGAAAUUGACUUUGUUGGUAGUAGAGCUAGUUCAAGUGCAUCUUCCAAGAAGUCAUCAGAAAUAAUACCUGUGGAUACUCUGAAGGCAAUGGCCGAUCUAUCGAUUGGCUCUACAGAAACAAUUUCUAAUUCCGACGAGGAAGUAGACUUAAGGCAAAUGAAUAAAAAACUGCGAAGAAUGUCUGAUGAUACAGUGGGAAAUACCCAAUUGAAUGAAAGCAACGAUAACGAUGAUGAUAUGACAAUGGUUGAUGACCCUGAAUUGAAACAUAAAAUUCAACUAACGAAAAUGUAUACGCAGAACAAAUCAAAAUUUGUAAAAGAAAACAAUUUCAAAGUUGAUGAGAAAUUGAUAAUGAGUAUAAUUGAACCGAUAAAUGAAGAAGAAAUCAAGAAGGAAACAAAUGUGUUGGAUAAAAAACAUCCUGGCUUGAAGGCAACAUACCUGAUUACUCCAGAAAUCAAUAUUGGCUCGCAAAAGCGCAUAAAGAGAUUUUCAGAUUUCACCAUUUUACAAGUUAUGGGUGAAGGUGCAUAUGGUAAAGUCAAUUUAUGUAUUCAUAACAAGAUGCAUUAUAUUGUGGUCAUUAAAAUGAUCUUCAAGGAGAGGAUCUUAGUGGACACAUGGGUGAGAGACAGAAAAUUGGGUACUAUACCUUCUGAGAUUCAAAUCAUGGCUACUCUGAACAAAAAUUCACAAAAGAAUAUCCUGAAGUUGUUAGAUUUUUUCGAAGAUGAUGAUUACUAUUAUAUUGAAACCCCAGUCCAUGGAGAGACUGGCAGUAUUGAUUUAUUCGAUGUUAUUGAAUUCAAGAAAGAUAUGGUGGAACAUGAGGCCAAACUAGUGUUUAAACAGGUCGUUGCUAGUAUAAAGCACCUACAUAAUCAAGGAAUUGUUCACAGGGACAUUAAAGACGAAAAUGUUAUCGUGGAUUCCCAUGGUUUUGUAAAAUUAAUUGAUUUUGGGUCGGCUGCCUAUGUCAAGAGCGGGCCGUUUGACGUCUUUGUAGGAACAAUGGACUACGCUGCACCAGAAGUCCUCGGUGGUUCAUCAUAUAAAGGUAAACCCCAGGACAUUUGGGCCCUUGGGGUCCUACUUUAUACUAUCAUAUACAAGGAAAAUCCCUAUUACAACAUUGAUGAAAUCUUAGAAGGAGAAUUAAGAUUCGAUAAAGCGGAAAAGGUGAGUGAAGGAUGCAUCGGUUUGAUCAAAAGGAUUUUAACAAGAGAAGUUGAUAAGAGGCCUACUAUUGACGAGAUAUAUGAAGACAAAUGGCUUAGGAUUUAA